CCGUGGGUGAGUGGCGGAGAGCGGAGACCCCGCGGCUGGCACUCUAUCCACUCUCGUCUCGGCCAGCCAUCAGGGCAGGGCUCCCGUACGUUCGUCUUCCUCCGGCCGCCCGGUGGUCUCUCGAUCCUCUUCCAGCUCCCAUGGCCGCAACCGCAACCGCCCCGCCGCUCCUUCUCCCCUCAGGCUCAGGGCCGAGGUCCGCGUCUAGGGCGUGGCCGCUCCGCCGCGGCGGCCUCAGGGCGUCGUGCCGCUGCAGGGCUGCCGUGGGCGGGACCGCGGCGCAAUGCGGAGCCGACGGCGGCGCGGCGGCGGUGGUCGGCAGGAGGGGCGUGCUCGGCGGGAUGGCGCUCGCGGUGUCGGUUUCCUCGUCGCACGCUUUCGGCGUGCUGCAGGCCGCGCUCGCCGGCGGGCUGCCGCCGGAGGAGAAGCCCAAGCUCUGCGACGCCGACUGCGAGAAGGAACUCGAGAAUGCGCCCAUGGUGACUACAGAGUCUGGUCUGCAGUACAAGGACAUCAGAGUGGGCCAAGGGCCAAGCCCACCCAUUGGUUUCCAGGUUGCUGCAGAAUGCAUCGCCAUGGUGCCCAACGGGCAGAUAUUCGACAGCUCGCUGGAGAAAGGCACGCCCUACAUCUUCCGUGUUGGUGCUGGACAGGUUAUAAAGGGGCUUGAUGAAGGGAUCUUGUCGAUGAAAGUUGGAGGAUUACGCCGGUUGUACAUACCUGGUCCGUUAGCAUUCCCCAAGGGCCUUACAUCAGCUCCUGGAAGGCCAAGAGUGGCUCCGAGCAGCCCCGUCGUAUUUGAUGUCAACCUAUUGUACAUACCAGGUCUUGAUGAUGAGUGAAAAGGCAUUAACUUGCAAAAUUUACAGGAUAAAGUGGAGCGAAUGGUUUACUGUUUUUGAAUUACCACAUGUAUGUAGAGAGUGAACAUUGUUUCCGGCAGCAAAUUAUAUGAAAAUAAGGCGACUUUUGUCAAGUA